AUGCUUAAUUUUGAAGAUGUCGAAGAGCGAGAUGGCGUCCGGUUGUCCUGGAAUGUAUGGCCGUCAUCCCGUAUAGAGGCGACCAGGAACGUCGUACCCAUUUCGGCUCUCUAUACACCACUGAAAAUCCGCGAAGAUUUGCCACCUGUGCUCUACGAGCCUGUUGCAUGCAAACCGCCUUGCCGCGCAAUCUUGAAUCCCUAUUGCCAAAUUGAUAUCCGCGGAAAGCUUUGGAUUUGCCCCUUCUGUUUGACUCGCAAUGCAUUCCCCCCUCACUACAAGGACAUUUCCAACACCAAUCUGCCGGCGGAACUUUUGCCCAAAUACACCACCAUCGAAUACACCCUUGCCAGACCCGCCCAAGUCCCUCCUAUAUUCCUGUUUGUUGUCGACACGUGUCUUGAGGAUGACGACCUGAAGGCUUUGCGGGAUGCCAUUGUAGUUAGCUUGAGCUUGAUCCCCCCUUACGCACUCGUGGGUUUGAUCACGUACGGGACCAUGACCCAAGUUCACGAGAUUGGGUAUCCAGAAUGCAGCAAGUCCUAUGUGUUCCGUGGUGGCAAAGAAUACCAGCCCAAGCAGAUUCAGGACAUGCUUGGUCUCUCCUCCCAAAACAGGGCUGCUCCUCGUCCCGGCCAACCUAUGCCCCAAGCCGCGCUCGGUGCUGCCCGCUUCUUGAUGCCUGUCCAACAGUGUGAAUUCCAAUUGACAGGCAUCUUGGAGGCUCUCACUCGUGAUCCCUGGCCAGUUGCAAACGACAAACGCCCUCUCCGAUGCACUGGUGGUGCUCUCAGUGUCGCUGUAGGCCUCCUGGAGACGACCUACCCUAACACUGGAGCUCGCAUCAUGUUGUUUGCGGGAGGACCUGCCACCGAAGGUCCCGGAAUGGUAGUUAGCAAUGAACUCAAGGAGCCCAUUCGUUCACAUCACGACAUUGAUCGCGACACCGUCAAGCAUUACAAACGCGCGAUUAAGUUCUACGAAGGCUUGGCAAAGAGAGUUUCAAACAAUGGGCAUGUUGUUGAUCUUUUUGCUGGAUGUUUGGAUCAAGUUGGUUUGCUUGAGAUGAAAUCUCUUCCCAACUCAACCAAUGGUGUUAUUGUGUUGUCCGAUUCAUUCGCCACCUCUAUCUUCAAGCAGAGUUUCCUUCGUGUCUUCAACAAGGAUGAUCAGGGCCACCUUCAAAUGGGAUUCAACGCUACUUUCGAUGUUCAGACCACCAAAGAACUCAAAGUAUCGGGUCUCAUUGGCCACGCUAUUUCUGCUGCUAAAAAAUCUGCGUGUGUGGGCGAGACCGAGAUCGGUAUUGGCCAGACCUCCGCCUGGAAGAUCAACGCCAUUACGCCUCGUACAUCCACCGCAGUCUACUUCGAAGCUGUCACUCCUGCCGGUCAACCUCUCCAGCAAGGCUCGCGUGGUCUCAUCCAAUUCGUCACGCAUUACCAGCACUCCUCCGGACAGCAGCGCCUACGCGUCACGACCAUCGCGCGUAACUUUGCUGAGGCAGGGUCAGCGAGUAUUGCUGCGUCGUUCGACCAGGAAGCGGCUGCUGUGCUCAUGUCGAGGCUCGCGGUAUUCAAGGCGGAGAUCGACGACUCACCGGACGUCCUCCGCUGGGUCGAUCGCAUGUUGAUCAGGCUUUGCCAGAAAUUCGCUGAUUAUAGAAAAGAAGACCCAACGAGCUUCAGGUUGUCGGAUAACUUCAGCAUUUACCCGCAAUUUAUGUUCCACUUGAGGAGGAGUCAGUUCUUGCAGGUGUUUAAUAACAGUCCGGAUGAGACGGCCUUCUAUCGUCAUAUUCUUAACGAAGAAGAUGUCAACAAUUCCCUGAUUAUGAUUCAACCAACGCUUAUGUCUUAUACCUUUGAUACCCCACCGCAACCGGUCCUUCUUGACAGUGUGUCCAUCAAACAUGAUGUCAUUUUGCUUCUUGAUACCUUCUUCCACAUUCUUAUCUUCCACGGAGAGCAAGUUGCGCAAUGGCGGAAACAAGGAUACCAGGACCAGGAGGGAUACGAGAACUUUAAAGAGUUGUUGGAGGUUCCUGUUGCUGAUGCUCAGGAUCUGCUCGUGGACCGAUUCCCAGUUCCUCGAUACAUCGUCUGUGACCAGGGUGGAAGUCAAGCGCGUUUCCUGCUCUCCAAGCUCAAUCCUUCCACGACGCACAUGUCCGCGACCAUGUACGGCACACCAGCAGGUGCUGGCGCUGGCCAAGCCAUCUUCACGGACGACGUCAGCUUGCAAGUCUUCAUGGAGUACUUGAAACGUUUGGCUGUUGGUGCCCAGACGAAUUGA